AUGGCGGCUCUCUCUGUCAACUCCGACAUUUCGCAAUCAAAGGUCCAUUUGCUUGAAAGAAAAUUCACAAAGAGCUUGUGUAAAAUCUAUUGUCUCUUAAAUGACACAAUCAUUAAGAAUGCAUCGAAGGUCCUUCCAAAGAUUCCUGUGUCAGUGGAAAAGUUGAAAAGAUGGCUGACUGUUUUGGAAUAUGGAGAAGUUUUUAUAGAAAUGGCAGCCUACAGGAAAUUUGGAGAGACAGGGAAAUGGAUUCUUAUUGUAAUAAUUCAACUCACAAAAGCAAUAUGGCGGCUUCUUUUACUUUGGAAACAUCAUGGAGGAAUACAGCCAUCCCCACCUAUUGCACCAUUAGACAGAGAGAAAUACACCAAGCAGUUUAAACACAACCCAACAGAGGAAAUGCAAGAAUUCCAAGAGAAUUUGGAUAGUGAGACAGUUGAACCAGUGAAUGGAAUGAGUGAGGUGACCUUUACCCUCAAGAGGUCAGGAAAGGUCAUAAGGAGACUCUCAGCUGCUCCUCCCAUCAAUUUUCGUUCCUGGAAGCUCCCCAGCCAAGGGGACAGGGAGAAAGAGAGAGCCGGAGUCCGAUUUUAUGAAGCCACAAAGCUGUCCAAACAGCGACUCUGGGGAGAGACCUUGUACAUAACCAGGCCACUCAUUCACUUAUUUGGAAUGUAUGUGUGUGGGACCAUGUCAUGGAAACCAUGGAUCAUGUCAGGAACCAUUGAUGUUGCCAGCUUGUGUAUGAUGGGUGAUACUAAAGACCUGAAUCCCCAGGAGAAGAGUGAAAUCAAGAGGAGAUCACUCCUGUUGUUAUACUAUUUGCUAAGGUCUCCAUUUUUCGACACUUAUUCCAAAAUGAAAAUUUUAUCGACCUUAAGAGUUAUGGCAGACAAUGUACCUGGUCUUGGAAUAUUAUUGAGUGAGUAUUUUUAUUUUCUACAAAAACUGAAACAAAUCAUUUUUACACAGAUACAGCAAUAA